UCAGGGCCUUGCACUGAAUAUAAGGACGGUGAAAAUGUGAGACAAAACACCUGUGGCUGCAGAUCUCCAAGAGCAUCUCAAAUCUUAAAAUCAACCUUCUUCACACACAGAGAUGCUUCUCUCUGUUCUUUUUCUGCUGGGCUUGUGCCUGGUGCCUGCUCACUCCAAACCAUCAGGACAAAAUUUCGGCAGUCCUCUCCUUCAGCAGUGUUUUGAGGACGCGAAGAAACUAGUGGAUGGUGCUUACAAGUACUCCAGAGAAGAGAGUCUGAGAAGAGUUCGCAAGGCAGUGGUGCGCCCUCACGAUGCUCUCCGUCUCCUCAAGCAGCCUCGUGCUAAUACUCGCUUAGCUGUGAGAUCUGCAGACUAUAUGGCACAAACCCUCCGUCUGCUGCAAGAGCGGACACAUCACAUUCACAAACGCUCUCUCAAUGCAACAGAUUUGCUCACUGAAGAAGACCUGAGACGCCUUUCUGAAAUAACUGGGUGUGCGGCUCGAGUCACUUUUCCAGAAUGUCGCACCACACCAAACCUCAACAAGUACCGCACAGCCAGCAGCAUCUGCAACAACGUAAAUAACCCUCGUUUCGGAGCCUCCAACACACCAUUUGCUCGGUGGCUACCUGCUCAGUAUGAUGACGGCAUAGCUGAACCGAAAGGCUGGAACGUAAACCGAACUUUCAACAACUUCAUGCUCCCACUGGUGCGUCAAGUGUCAAACAACAUCCUAAGCACAUCGGAUGCAGGCGUGGUGAACGAUUCAGAUUUCACUCACAUGGUGACCUUGUUUGGGCAGUGGAAUGACCACGAUCUCACCUUCACGCCCUUCUCCCCCAGCAUCGUCUCUUUCAGCAGCGGGAUAAACUGUGAUGAGAGUUGCGAGAAAACUGAGCCAUGCAUCCCCAUUCCGAUCCCUCCUGGUGACCCCCGCCUGCCUACCGGUCCAGACAGCUGCCUCCCUGCGUUCAGAUCUGCCCCAGUUUGUGGAACCGGAUUUUCAGCCUACAACUUUGGUGGAGAACCUGCAAAGAGGGAGCAGAUCAAUGCCCUGACAGCCUUCCUGGAUCUCGGUCAGGUGUACGGCUCUGAGGAGAAUCUUGCAUUAAAUCUUCGCAACCUCAGCAGCGAUGACGGUCUGCUGCGGGUGAACACAGAGUUCAGAGAUAACGGCCGGGAGCUGCUGCCCUUCCACACUCUAGAGGAGAACAUGUGCGCCACUCGUAGAAACGUCACCAACAACGCCAACGCCAGAGAGGUGCCCUGUUUCCUUGCAGGUGACGUCCGCGUUGAUGAGAACAUCGCUCUGACUUCUAUUCACACACUGUUCAUGCGGGAGCAUAACCGCCUGGCUCGUCAGCUAAAGCGUUUGAACCCACAGUGGGACAGUGAGACCCUCUACCAAGAGGCCCGCAAGAUUAUGGGUGCCUACACGCAGGUGUUUGUGUUCAGGGACUACCUGCCACACAUUGUGGGCGACAGAGCAAUGGCCACACAGCUCGGCCGCUACCCCGGCUACAAUCCCAAUGUUGACCCCAGCAUCGCCAACGUCUUUGCAACAGCCGCUUACCGCUUUGCCCACUUGGCCAUCCAGCCAGUCCUGGCUCGUCUUGAUGCAAACUACAGGGAGAACCCUCAGUUCCGCAGUGUUCCUCUGUUCCAGGCCUUCUUCGCCCCCUGGAGAAUCGUCUUUGAGGGUGGCAUUGACCCUCUGCUCCGUGGUUUGGUUGGACGCCCUGCUAAACUAAACACUCAGGAUCACAUGUUGGUCAACGCUCUGAGGGAGAGGCUGUUCCAGUUUGUGCAGCAUCUGGCUCUGGACCUGGGUUCUCUCAACAUGGAGAGGGGACGUGACCAUGGCUUGCCUGGCUACAACUCGUGGCGAAGGUUCUGCGGCCUGUCAGCGCCCACAAACCAGGCACAACUUGCUCAGGUUCUGAACAACACUGACCUGGCCAGGAGGCUGCUGGAGCUCUAUGGUACACCUGAAAACAUUGAUAUCUGGCUGGGAGGUGUGGCAGAGCCAUUUGUGCGCGGUGGUCGUGUUGGACCUUUGUUUGCCUGCCUCAUUGCACAACAGUUCAAGAAGAUCCGCCAAGGUGACAGACUUUGGUACGAGAACCCAGGUGUCUUCACACCGAGACAGAGAGCUGCUCUGUCCAGAGCUUCAUUAGCAAAGAUCAUUUGUGACAACACUGGAAUCACAACGAUCCCCACUGACCCGUUCCAGGUGGAAUCACGCAGGAACCGACGUGUUAACUGCUCAGCACUUCCGACUCUGAACCUGUCGGCCUGGAGAGAGCGCUGCACAGGCGCUGAUGGUGGCUGUAAUGAAGUCAAUUCAAAAGAGAAUGUGAGCGAGGACCAAGAGACCCUGGACCAAGAGGGCCCCGAGGACAACAAGGUCCAGUAGGACCCCCUGGCCCCAGAGGCCCCCCAGGACAGAUAGCACUCAACAUUAAUGCUUCACAGCCACAAUCUGCUUUCUCCGUCCUCCUGGGCAAGUACAGCUCAACUUCAGAGAAAAUUAUUCACUUCCAUCACAUCAUCUACAAUGAACAGAACCAUUACAGCGCGCAGACGGGGAUGUUUACAUGUGUCAUCCCCGGUGUCUAUCAGUUCAGCUUUGUCUGCAUGUCCUACAGCAGUGCAAAAAGCAUGGACCUGUGGUGUAACAACAAUGUGGUACUGCAUAGUUACCCCUUCCAUCAGGGAGGUCGGCUUAUGGCAUCAGGGGACACGGUGCUCCAGCUGGAGGUGGGAGACAAAGUGUGGGUGGAGUCAAAAGCUGGGAUCAGUGGCCUGAGCACCAAAAGCUACUUCUCAGGACACAUGGUCUUCGCUGUGUAAAGCAAACGGUCUUCUCCAGGCUAAACCCUCUAACGCACCUUUGUUCUUUCUGCUUUUGGGAUGUCUUUUCACAACUUCACCUUUUGCACUGAACUUCACGCACAAAUAAUCAUGUUAUAUCAAAUAUAAAUUAUUAAAUAGCGUCUAACUUGUCUUUUCCUGCCAUGGCGCAGACUUAGGCACAACAUACAACAGUGCUGUACAUGUUUUACAUUCUUCUGAUUAAAUUUUCCCUCUUGACUCAAUUAACAAAUUUCAAUUUUUCAUGCAGAAGCCUAAUGAACAUGAAGUAUGAUUGCAAAACAAUUAGUUAACCCUGUUACAGCAUGCAGUCUGUCAGAGCAAAAGUUUCAUCAGUGCCAAAUGGUGGACUAGUAGUGGGCUAGCUAAUGGUGGACUGGCCAGUAUUAUAAUGAUUAUAUAAUGCACUGAUGAAAUUUAAGCAUGCGUUUAAAUGCUAUGUUGUGCUUUGACUGUGAGGCUAUCAUUUUGUUACUUUUUAUGUAUCUAUAUUUUGCAUUCAAUAAAUAAACUUAGCCGCAUUGAA